UUCAUUUAUAAUCGGCGACGUCUAGUUGGUUUUGCACGGCAAGCUUUAAUUUAAAUUUGCUCCUAAAUAUGCGGAAGUUGACGUGGUAAACCAACUAAACUGUCAGUUAUUAAUCCUGCUUGUCAGGUUUGGCUGGUAGCUUAAAUUAUUACCAGUAAGACAUGGCUGCUCAGUGUGUAACCAAGGUGGAGCUCACCGUGUCCUGUGAGAACCUCCUGGACACGGACAUCGGCUCCAAAUCCGACCCCUUAUGUGUCCUUUUAAUGUGCAGCUCUGAUUCCCAGUGGUAUGAGGUGGGACGCACAGAGAAGGUCCAGAAUUGCCUCAGUCCAAAGUUUGCCCAUAAGUUUGUCAUUGACUACUACUUCGAAAUUGUCCAAAAGCUCAAGUUUGGGAUUUAUGACAUCGAUAACAAGACAAUUGACCUGAAUGAUGAUGACUUUCUGGGGGAGCUGGAGUCCACCCUGGGGCAGGUUGUGUCCAGUAAGAAGCUGACCCGACCACUGGUGCUGAAGAACAAGAAGCCAGCUGGAAAGGGGACAAUAACUAUCAGUGCAGAGGAAAUAAAAGACAAUCGGGUAGUGAAAUUUGAGGUGGAGGCAAGAAAGCUGGAUAACAAGGAUUUCUUCGGGAAGUCUGAUCCCUAUUUGGAAUUAUACAAGCAGACAGAAACUGGAUGGCAGCUGGCUCACAGGACAGAGGUGGUGAAGAAUAACUUGAACCCAACAUGGAAGCCAUUUAAAAUCCCCCUGCAGUCUCUGUGUGGAGGAGACUUGGAGAAAUCAAUUAAAGUUGAUUGCUACGACUAUGACGAUGACGGCUCACACGAUCUUAUCGGAUCCUUCGAGACCACAAUGAAACGACUCCAGGAAGCAUCGCAGACCUCUCCGGCGGAGUUUGAGUGCAUCAACAGUAAAAAGAAACAGAAAAAGAAAGGCUACAAGAACUCUGGCAUUGUGAGCGUGAAGUUUUGCCAGGUUGUAAAGGAGUAUACAUUCCUGGAUUAUAUCAUGGGCGGCUGUCAGAUCAACUUCACUGUGGCUAUCGACUUCACCGGCUCCAACGGGGAUCCCAGGUCUCCUCAGUCCCUGCAUUACAUCAGUCCUCAGGGCGUUAACGAGUACCUCAGUGCUAUUUGGUCUGUGGGCAACGUCAUUCAGGACUAUGACAGUGAUAAGAAGUUCCCGGCAUUUGGCUUUGGAGCCCAGAUUCCGCCCUCAUGGCAGGUUUCCCACGAGUUUCCUCUCAACUUCAACUCAUCCAAUCCAUUUUGUGCAGGUGUUGUAGGCGUGGUGGAGGCCUACAGGGCGUGUCUCCCCCAGGUCAAACUCUACGGUCCCACCAACUUCUCCCCUAUCAUCAAUCAUGUAGCCUGUUUUGCUAAGCAAGCCCUCCAACAGACCACUGCAUCACAAUACUUUGUCCUGCUGAUCAUCACUGAUGGGGUAAUCACAGACAUGGACGAGACGCGCAACGCCAUCGUCAACGCCUCCCGGCUCCCCAUGUCCAUCAUCAUCGUCGGGGUGGGAGCGGCGGACUUCAGCGCCAUGGAGUUCCUGGACGGAGACGACGGUCGUCUGCGUUCUCUGUCGGGCGAGGCCGCCAUGAGAGAUAUCGUCCAGUUUGUUCCCUUCAGGCAGUUUCAGAAUGCUCCUCCCGAGGCCCUUGCAAAGAGCGUGUUGGCUGAAGUACCGGCUCAGCUAGUGGACUUUUUCUGCACCAUGAAGCUAAAUCCUCCAAACCCAAGUCCUGCACCAAAUGCCGCAGGGACGCCAUAAAUGUGAUGCCAUAAAGAAACCAGGUGGACUCCACUUUCAUCUCCUGCAGAUCUGAAUAAGACUCUAGCUUCAUCUCAUUAUAGACAGAACCUUCCCAUUACCUCUGCCUUUCCAGCCUAUCAUGGUCAGCCAGUCCAAACAGCACUAUUACAUUGUUAGUGUGCACUAAACCGCUGAUGGAGCCAGCUGUUGAUAACAUCCAGGGCUGCUCAUUCAACUGUUAUUUUAUGUAUGAAAACAAGAAUCAUUCCAGCAUUUUGGAAGGCUAAGCCGAUGUGCAUGACAGUGUACUUUAAACUAGCUUUUUGCAGUAAACAGAAUGUAAUUAUAAUGGAAUACAUCUGUAGAAGCCCAUUAAUAAACUCGUAGUUAUUUCUUG